UUUUCUGCCUGUGCUGAAUGCAUUAGUCUAAUGAGCUGUUUGCAGCUGGAGAGCUGAGCUGCUGGAGACUUACAGUGUGCUAACAGACAGGGAGAAGAUGGCUUUUGCAAUAGUCUGUGUGCAUGUGCUGAAAGUCAUAUGCCCGUUAGGUCGAAAUACCUGGUCUCUGUAAGACACUGAUCAGUGUUUUAACAUAAGCAAUAGCUCCUCUGCAUAUGAGUCACUUGUCCUCGCUGCCUCCAAGACUGGGUACUGUUGACAUGCAGUCUCCAAGAAUACCCGGUAGAAAACGAGGAAGACCCCCACUCCAUUCUACUCCGAUGAAAAUGGCUGUUCACAAUCUCUAUUCAGCGCCGUCUGGUUCCUUGCCAGUAGUGAAGAUCCCAAAGAAGAGAGGAAGAAAACCCGGGUACAAGCUGAAGUCGCGUGUUCUGAUGACUCCUUUAGCAAUCUCUCCUCCAAGAAGCACACCAGAACCUGAUAUUAGUUCAAUCCCUCAGGAUGCAGCUACAAUACCCAAUUCAGCUGCCCCGCAAGCUCUCACUGUGUGCAUUUACGUCAACAAACAGGCAAACAUGGGGCCAUACCUCGACAGGAAAAAAGUGCAACAGCUUCCAGAUCACUUUGGGCCUGAAAGACCUUCCAUGGUCCUCCAGCAAGCAGUGCAGGCAUGCAUUGACUGCGCAAAUCAGCAAAAGACUGUCUUCUCGCUUGUCAAGCAGGGCUAUGGAGGCGAGAUGGUGUCAGUUUCUGCUUCGUUUGAUGGGAAGCAGCACCUCCUGAGCCUGCCAGUAGUGAACAGCAUUGGCUAUGUCCUGCGCUUCCUCAAGAAGCUCUGCCGCAGCCUACUGUGUGACAAUCUCUUCAGUAAUCAGCCUUUCCCACAGUAUAGCAGCACCUCUGGAAACCCAGCGCAGUAUGAGAAUGGAAGACUGGAGUCAGAAACUAUCGUACCUGAAGAUUACCUGGUUGACCCUAUGAACAUGAAGCGCUACAGUGUUGAUCCUUCUGAUUCUGCCUUUAAUUGCAUGAGCUCCCUGUAUACCAUGAGACAAAGCUCUGGAGAUGGACGUCUUGCUGGAGGCUCCCCUUCCUCUUGCAGCCAUCGUUCCGGUCCGAAGUCCUCCGGGGGACCAUCAUCUACUGGUUUGAGGCAUCAGACAUCCAGCCCAACUAGAAAUGGAACCUAUCUUGAAGGAAACAGAAGUGCCUCAAGUCCUUCGCCAGAAAGACAAGAUGCAGCUCGGCCGUCAAGCAAGAACCCUUCGACCUGGACUGUCGAUGAUGUGGUUUGGUUUGUGAAGGAUGCAGAUCCUCACGCGUUAGGUCCGCACGUGGAGCUUUUCAGAAAACAUGAGAUUGAUGGCAAUGCUUUAUUGUUACUGAAAAGUGACAUGAUCAUGAAAUACUUGGGGCUGAAAUUAGGACCAGCAUUGAAACUUUGUUACCACAUCGAUAAACUCAAGCAAGCAAAGUUCUGACAUUUCCUUCAACAGUGGCCCAACAUAAUCCGAGAUAGCAGACAAAAGGUAACAUGUUGCCUUAUAGAAAUACAUCAACUUGUGAAUUGUUUUUCCCUCUUUUUUAACAAAGACUUUCUUUUUUAAUACUUGUGCAUCUUCACCUUUUUUUAAUCCAAUGGGGUCUUUUAGCUGUUCUGUGUUAAUAAUUUUCCAAAAAGUAUAUAAUUACAAUAAUUAUUUUAUAUCAUUAAUAUUGUUAUUAUGAUUAUAGUAAGUCCUAUUUUUGUAAUCAGAAGUGGGAAAUCGGAAACAAAUACAGCUUUGACACAUGCUGAGGACUGAUGAGGGACUAUAGAAGAGUCACUCAUUAGCCACCUGUCAGCCUCUGGGGCAUAAUUAGUAAUUUGCCAACAUCUGGGGUGUGGUUAUAAUGCAGACCCAAGAACAACAGCAUUAUGAGAUAAAAGGCCUGGAAAAGGUCAGAUUAAUGCCCUUUGUUUGGUCAGCUAUUGUUGUCUUAUGGGCACUACCCCCAUGUCUUGCACUAUCUGGAAAACUUGAAAUUCUUUAGUUUAAAAAAAAAAAUUCUGAAGACUGAAGUACCUUGUUUUCCCACUAGAGGGACAAAUCCUAAUAAACUCCAGGCUUCAGCUGCUGAUGACAUGGUGGCUUUCUAGAGGGUGUGAUUGAGCCACCUUGAUUUUACAUCUAGUAUACACACAAAUUAGGAACUGCAGCUCCUAGCAUGAUCGACCCUUCACUGCUCACCGACAACUAGUUCACCGUUUAGAAAAACCAAAACGCAGAAAGCGUUCCUGAUAGGAUGCCACAACACACUGCAUCUCGUUAAGUCAAAAAGUGGUUGGAUAGCUCCCAGAGCAUCUGGCAUUCUCAGCAGUCUGCCUCCUUCCUUGAGCCAUGCCUGUAUGCCAUAUAUUUUGUGGCACUCUUUAAAAAAGCAAAAGAGUACAGUGGAAAUGUUCUCCAAAAAGAAGUUGAAAAUACAACGCACACUGUACAUUUGCAACUGUGUUGGAUCUAAAAGGUAGAUUUUCUAGAUUAAUUUCCUUACUGAAGCUGCCAUUGUGGGUAAUCUUGUUAACGUUCAGCACAUAUGCAGAGGUGUUGAGCAUUAGGAUUUAAGUGGAUUCAAAAUGUCCUUCUGCACCAUAAAAGAACCAAAAAAAAAAAAAAAAGACGAAUGUCCACAUCCUAUACAGCCAUGCCAGGACAAGUAUAUUUUUAAAAAAAUAAUAGAUUACUUAUGGGUUGGAUAUGCUCUUAUUUUCUUCUUUAAAAAUGAGAUUUAUCAAAAGGAUACCUCUACCCGUUCAGCUUAAACAGCAUUCUCUUUAAAUGAGUGUCCAGAUUUUUUAGCAACUCUUUGAGAUAUUAGGGCUGUGUGAUAGCCAGACUCAACCUGUCUCAGAGAAUGGAUUCCUGAACCUCUACAUGGCAGUGAUCAGAUGGUACCAUCCAAUUCUGUUCAUGUAGAAUAAAAUGUUACCAAAAAUGUCAUGCAGAACAAAACUCAUUUUUAUGUGCAACAUUAGAAUAAACCUGCUACAAAAAAGAUACAAAUUCAGGGCCUGAACCUGAAAACACAUAUGAAUUUGAAUAACUUUAAUCCCAUGAGUAGUUUAAUAGAACUCACUGGGGUUAUUCACAUGAGUAAAAGUUACUUAUGCCCUUAUAUGUUUGCAGCAUUGGCUCCGCAAAUGACUGACCAGUUUUCAACAAGUUCUGUAUGCACACUGAAAUGCCUUUGAAAUGAACACCUGAAUAAAUGUGUUAAAUGAAAUUCCUAUAAUACUAAGUAUAAAAUAUACUAAUAUCUAAACAUAAUAUCUAAACAUGGACGAUUAGAACUUUAAACUGAGCUGCAUUGCUUUAUGUCCGUGUUGCACAGAAUGAAAAUCUGCUCAGCCAGAUGUGUGCUAGGGACAUAAAUGUGUUCACACCAACAAGACGGUUAUACAGUUAAUUGUUCACUGUUGCAUUUUCAAAAGUUAAGUCUUUUACUUACAAUAAUGCUACUUAUUUGACCUGCUUUUAAAGUCAGCCCAAAAGAGUGUAAAGACCUUGAUAUAUCUGUAAUGUCAUACUCAGCAAAUCCUAGGACAAUCUAGUUUUCUUACAUGUUCUGCAAUGUAGCCCAUCUUUCUUAUUUUUAAAAAAAUUUCUGAUUUUAGUUCCUUCCAUCCAAAAACUCACUUCACUGUAACAUAGCUAACUCCAAAAGAGAGCAGGUCAAACAUUUUCCAGUGGGAUGUUUUUUCCAUUGCAAAAUGCUGUUUCCUCAAAAUCUAAACUUUCCAAGGGAACCUGCUGAUUUUGAGAAAAUUUUGUUUUGGAAACCUCCCUGAAACAAACAUUUCACUAUUAUUGAAACACUUCUCUUUUGACAUUCUUGGGAGGAAUAUUUUGGGGUUUUUGUUUUCAAAACAACGUUGUCAUUUGAAAAUGUUUUUGAUUGUAUAUUAUGUAGAAAGUCAAAUUUGAAUGAAAUGUUUCAAUUGACCCAAACCAUUUUUUAAAAAAAUUCAUUUUGUAUAAAAUAUCUAAAUUCAGUGUUUUGCUCUGAUUUGGAAGAAACCCAAAUUUCAAAUUCUGGAGUUUCCCACAGAACAGAAGUUCUGGUUCCUCACAGCUCUACUCCUAACAUACUUUCUUUCCUCUCUCUGCCCCUCUUUUAGCCAUUAAAACUGAAUAGUAAUCAGAAGGCAGAGACAAUACUAACAACAUAUAUAAAUUAGUUAGCAACAAUGAUAUUUUUACAUCCAAUGUGCUGGAAGAAUUUUCAUACACCAUUGUAUGAAACUUGUAUAUACAGUCAGUGGUGCUAUUUUUUUUAUAUUAAACUUUUAAAUAUGACAGACUGUUGAAGUCAGGAUGUUUUAAUGUUUUGUCCUUGGUGUUUUGUUUUCAUUGAUUGUAUUGCAUAGAAGUACAAUAUAUAGCAAAAAAAAAACCCUCCUUUUUGGGUGUUUUGAAAUUAAAGGCAAUUAGGGGGCAAGCAUUAUUGAAGCAAUAUUGCGAUUAUAACUAACUUUCCCCCUCACAAGUCUUGUCAAAGAUGGUAGUUAAAUAGCUCUGCAGUGUAAAACCGGUCAGGCCACUUCCUCUGAACAAGCACUAAAGAGUCAGAACAUACAUGUCAUUCAUUUCCAAAUUAGAUGCAUUUUUAAACAUAGUUGGUACAAAUUACUUUGCUUCUUGUUCCGUUCAUGGCUUUCACUUCAGACUGUAGCCAAUCAAGUUCUACUUUUGAACCAUCCUGAGAGGUGUGUGUGUAUGUAUGUAUCCUCAAAAGCAACUAUGUGGGUCUGUUUUCUACUUUAAAAGAAUCAUAGCUGGAUCAAAAGACAUUUGCUACAAGCAAUUUCAACAUUUUAUGAGUAUUCCCUUUUGUUUACAAAUGUAGGCAUAGUCUAAGAAUUUGGGGGAAAGUUGUGAGUGAGUUCUUUAGCUACUGUAGCUAAAACAGCCUAUCCCCCAAAUAUACCUGCUGCUGACCUUUUUUUAAAAUGGCCGACCAAUUCGACCUAUUCUGUUCAUACAGCUCAUUCAUUUUUCCUUCUCACUGACCACUGCUGCUGUCAUGGCAUCUUCUCCCUCACUGACAAAUGUGUCCCUCCAGAGCAAGGGCUGGAUUAGCUCCAUAAAUUGCCCCCUGGCAAUCCAGUGCUGUCAGCCUCCACUUGGGCUGAGCCUACUUUUGAACCUGGGCCCCUCUUGUGUGGCAGCAAGGGGAGCUGCUGCUUCUGCAGAACAAUCAGUCUUGCUCAGCAUGAUCAAUGCAUAAAGGUACCCUUGAAACAGGCUGUGGCAAAAGCAUUGCUGAGAGCCAUAUACUGCCCCCAAACCAUACACUGAAUUCCCAUGGGAGUGAGCUGUCUUA